AUGAUUGAUAAGAAUGAGACUUGGGAGCUAGUUGACACACCAAGUGAGAAACCUGUAAUUGGUGUUAAGUGGGUUUACAAAACCAAGUUGAAACUUGAUGGCUCAAUACAGAAGCACAAAGCUAGGUUGGUGGUCAAAGGCUAUGCACAAAAGUCUGGAAUCGAUUUCAAUGAGACUUUUGCUCCUGUACCCAGACUUGAUACUAUUAGAAUUCUCAUAGCUUUGGCAGCUCAAAGGGGGUGGAAGUUAUACCAGUUAGAUGUCAAGUCUAUGUUUCUAAAUGGUAUACUUAAGGAAGAGGUAUAUGUGGAUCAGCCUGAAGGUUUGGUGGUUAAACACUAUGAAGAUAAGGUAUACAAGUUGAAGAAGGCCUUGUAUGGUUUAAAGCAUGCACCAAGGGCCUGGUAUGAAGAAAUUCAUGCUUAUCUCAUUAGUUGUGGGUAUGUCAGAAGCACAAGUGAGGCCAUAUUGUACUGCAAGACUAAGAAAGAUUCAGGAACACUAAUUGUCUCAAUUUAUGUUGAUGACAUAGUGUAUAUAGGUAACGAUGAAGAACUCACUGCUGAAUUCAAGUAA